AUGUCUAACGCAAACUCACCUCCGACCAACGCUUCCCCGGAAUUGGCGGCGGCCGGCGCCCUGAGCAAGCGGUACGAAGGUCUGGCGGUGAAGGGGAAAAGUGCCUGGUACUGGGCACACUUUGAGCCCAUUCUUAUCAGGAGCCCGAAGACCGAUUUUCCGACGGCCGUGAAGCUCAGGUGCACCUUGUGUGGUGCCAUAUUCUCCGCGUCAAACCCCUCGAGGACCGCCUCAGAGCAUCUCAAAAGAGGGACCUGCCCCAAUUUCAGCUUCACGAUGAAGCCAAUUUCUCAGCUGCCGCCUUUGGCCUCGCCAUCUUCACACCGCAAACGGAGCUUGGAAUCCCAACAAGCUGCAGGUACUUCUUUAGAUGUAAAUCCUAUCAACGUUAUUUAUUCAUCAAGAACCAGCCAUGAAAUGGCCUUUUUGCCGGCCCAAAGUACACAGACCCAAAAAUCGAACCCGAAGCCGCCGAUUCUGUCUGGCGGCCAAGAAGAUUUAAGGCCUCUGGCCCAAUUGGAAGACAGUGUCAAGAAGCUCAAGAUCCCAAAAUCUCUAUCUAUUCCCACUCUAAGCAAAGUCCAAAUCGAUACAGCUUUCGAACUUUUGGCCGAUUGGUUUUACGAGUCGUGCGGCUCUGUCACAUUCUCGAGUGUUGAGCACCGAAAAUUCAAUGCUUUUCUUAACCAAGUGGGCUUGCCCGAGUUCUCGAAAAGAGAAUUCUUGUGCACAAGGCUCGACUCCAAGUAUGCUGAAGUGAGAAGAGAGUCAGAAGCCAGAAUUAAUGAUGCAGCCUUUUUCCAAAUCGCCUCUGAUGGGUGGAAAAGUAAUAGUUCAAAAAAUGGAGAUAAAUUUCUGGUUAAUUUUAGUGUAAACCUUCCAAAUGGGACUCGUGUGUUCCAGAAGGCGGUGUAUUUGAAUAAGGGCACUUUACCAUCACAGUAUGCGAAGGAAGUUAUGUGGGAUGCUGUUCAGAGUAUAUGCGGCAACAAUGUACAGAGAUGUGUAGGGAUUGUUGCUGAUAAGCAUCGACAAAAGGCUUUAAAAAAUUUAGAGCCCGAGAAUAAUUGGAUGGUCAACGUGUCUUGCCAGGUUCAGGCAUUCCUUAGUUUGAUCAACGACCUUGUUACAGAACUCCCGCUUUUUAGUUCCGUAAAACAAAAUUGCCUGAAAAUCGCAAACCUGAUUAACCACCACCCGCACGUCCGAAGAUGCAUCCGCAGCUCAGGAUUCGAGUGCUGCGCCAAUUUUAUUCGAGUAUUUUCCUCUAAAUGCGACGUCUCGAAAAAUUUCAUCUCGUUUAUGGUGAUGCUGGAGGAUUUACUCACUUGUUCCCAAAUUCUGCAUCUUCUCGUUUCUGAUGAAUCAUAUAAAGUCCUCUGUUUAGAUCACAUUGCCGCCAGGGAAGUUGCUGACAUCAUUCAUGAUGCGGGAUUCUGGAAAAACGCAGAGGCCGCUCGUUUUCUUGUGAUGCAACUUAGGGCUAAAAUUAAAGAAUGGUGCGCCAAACACGACCUUAUCGAGGGGCCCGUCGAGCGUAUAAUCGAGGCCCGUUUUGCAAAAAACUACCACCCGGCAUGGCCAGCUUCGUUCAUUCUCGACCCGCUAAAUUUAUUGACGGACGAAAACGGAAAAUAUCUGCCGCCGUUUAAUUUGCUGACAAGCGUGCAGGAAGAGGAUGUCGAGAGGCUUGUGAUUCAGUUGGUACCCAAAGAGGAAGCUGACGUGGCAUUAAUGGAGCUCGUGAAGUGGAGGUCGGAAGGUCUCGACCCGUUGUAUGCUCAGGCGGUUCAAGUCCGGCAAAGGGAUAAUUUGACGGGAAAACUGAAGAUUGCUAAUCCACAGAGUAGUCGGCUCGUGUGGGAGAGUUGCUGCUUGAAGGAGUUGAAGUCGCUUAGUAAAGUAGCUGUGAGGCUUCUUUUUUUACAUGGGACUGCGUUUGGGUUCGAGUGGGACCGGGCCUCGAUGGGGUGGUUUUGUGGGCCAGGGCCGGGGGUGGGCCUUGAGAGGGCCUAG